UGCCGGGAUCCUAGAGCAGUGACGCCCAGCCUUCUGGCAGGUAGACCACCAGUGGAGAGGCUGAGGUCAGGGUGUCCCUGCAGAAGACACCUUCUGGGAGGCCAGAAUGUCAUACCCAGGCUAUCCCCCCACAGGCUACCCACCUUUCCCUGGAUAUCCUCCUGCAGGUCAGGAGUCAUCUUUCCCCGCUCCAGGUCAAUAUCCUUAUCCUAGUGGCUUUCCUCCAGUGGGAGGAGGUGCCUACCCACCAGUGCCAAGUGGUGGCUACCCAGGAGCUGGAGGCUACCCUGCAUCUGGAGGUUAUCCAGCCCCUGGAGGCUAUCCUGGUGCCCCACAGCCAGGGGGAGCUCCAUCGUAUCCUGGAGUUCCUCCAGGUCAAGGAUAUGGAGCCCCACCCAGUUCAGCGAGCUUUUCUGGUUAUCCACAGCCACCUUCACAGACUUAUGGUGGUGGUCCAGCCCAGGUCCCACUACCUGGUGGCUUUCCUGGAGGACAGAUACCUUCUCAGUAUCCUGGAGGACAAGCUCCUUACCCUAGUCAGCCUGCAGCAAUGACUCAGGGUACUCAAGGGACCAUUCGACCAGCUGCCAACUUCGAUGCUAUGAGAGAUGCAGAAAUUCUCCGUAAAGCAAUGAAAGGAUUUGGGACAGAUGAGCAGGCAAUUGUGGAUAUUGUGGCCAGUCGUUCCAAUGAUCAGAGGCAAAAAAUUAAAGCAGCUUUUAAGACCAUGUAUGGCAAGGAUUUAAUCAAAGAUCUCAAGUCAGAGUUGAGUGGAAAUAUGGAAGAACUGAUUCUUUCCCUGUUCAUGCCUCCUACAUAUUAUGAUGCCUGGAGUUUACGGAAUGCAAUGCAGGGAGCAGGAACUCAGGAACGAGUAUUGAUAGAGAUUUUGUGCACAAGAACAAAUCAAGAAAUCCGAGACAUUGUCAGAUGUUAUCAAUCAGAAUUUGGACGAGACCUUGAAAAGGACAUUAGGUCAGAUACAUCAGGACAUUUUGAACGUUUACUUGUAUCCAUGUGCCAGGGAAAUCGUGAUGAGAAUCAGAGUGUAAACCACCAAAUGGCUCAAGAAGAUGCUCAGCGUCUCUAUCAGGCUGGUGAGGGGAGACUAGGGACAGAUGAAUCUUGCUUUAACAUGAUCCUUGCCACACGAAGCUUUCCUCAGCUGAAAGCUACCAUGGAGGCUUAUUCCAGGAUGUCUAAUCGAGAUUUGUUAAGCAGUGUGGGCCGCGAGUUUUCCGGAUAUGUUGAAAGUGGUUUGAAGACCAUCUUGCAGUGUGCCCUGAACCGUCCUGCCUUCUUUGCUGAGCGGCUGUACUAUUCUAUGAAAGGUGCAGGCACAGAUGACUCCACUCUGGUCAGGAUUGUGGUCUCUCGAAGUGAGAUCGACCUUGUGCAAAUAAAACAGAUGUUCACUCAGAUGUAUCAGAAGACCCUGGGCACAAUGAUUGCGAGUGACACAAGUGGAGAUUACCGAAAGCUGCUUCUGGCCAUUGUGGGUCAGUAGAAGGGAUUUUUUUUUUUUUUUAAAGGAAUGAAGCUAUUUAUAGCUCAUCCUUUAGAACAAUGACUGACCCGCAUGCAGCAGUAUCAACUACCACUUAACCAAAACAGCUUUUUACCAAGGACUGUCAGGGUAAUGUGCUCAGUUUGCACAUGUUGUUGUUGCCUUAAAUCUAAUGUUAUCUUUUCAUUCUGUGUAUAAAAUAAAGCCAUAUCACAAUGAUGUAAUAAUUUUGCAAUGUUUGUAAAGCUUCAUUCUCACUGCUUUUAUUCUAAUCAGGAUUUCAAAUUGAAUAAAAAUCACAGCAAUAUUUA